AUGAGUUUAUGCCUCACUGCCAGACUGGCUUUGCUUCCCACACGACGCUGGUUUAAUACAGUGUUGGAUGACUCCCAUCUUGUUGUUCACUGUUAUUUGUCAAGUCUUGCCAAGAGAGAGAAGGAGGGUCAUCUCUUCAGCCAGCUUUUAGAUAUGCUUAAAUUCUACACUGGCUUUGAAAUCAAUGAUCAAACUGGAAAUGCUUUGACAGAGAAUGAGAUGACAACGAUUCACUACGACAGAAUUACUUCUUUACAGAGAGCAGCAUUUGCACACUUCCCGGAGUUAUAUGACUUUGCGCUCUCAAAUGUAGCUGCAGUAGAUACUCGUGAUGCACUGGUGAAGUUAUUUGGACCACUCAGCUCAAAUGUACUCCACCAGGUGGCAUCGUACCUCUGCUUGCUGCCUUCCCUUCCAGAAGGGAACGAUACCAGCUAUGAGAAGGAGUUUCUGCUAGAGCUGCUGGUUUCCCGUCAUGAGAGACGAAUAUCUCAAAUCCAGCAACUCAAUCAGAUGCCUCUUUAUCCCACAGAGAAGAUUAUUUGGGAUGAAAAUAUUGUCCCAACUGAAUAUUAUUCUGGAGAAGGCUGUCUUGCACUUCCCAAACUGAAUCUACAGUUUCUGACUCUUCACGAUUACUUGCUAAGGAACUUCAAUCUCUUUCGCUUAGAGUCAACUUAUGAGAUCAGACAGGACAUUGAAGAUAGCGUCAGUAGGAUGAAACCAUGGCUGUCAGAAUAUGGAGGUGUGGUUUUUGGUGGAUGGGCUAGGAUGGCACAGCCCAUUGUGUCUUUCACAGUGGUGGAGGUUGCAAAGCCCAAUAUUGGUGAAAACUGGCCCAUGCGAGUACGAGCGGAUGUAACAAUUAAUUUGAAUGUUAGAGAUAGCAUCAAAGAUGAAUGGGAAGGUCUACGGAAACAUGAUGUCUGUUUUUUGGUUACGGUACGUCCCACACAACCUUAUGGCACUAAGUUUGACCGAAGACGACCUUUUGUUGAGCAGACUGGCCUGGUGUAUGUUAGAGGCUGUGAAAUCCAGGGCAUGUUGGAUGAGAAGGGACGUGUUAUUGAAGAGGGACCUGAACCCAAACCAAGACUUAAAGGCGAUUGCAGAACAUACAGAGUAUUUCUGGACCCAAACCAGUAUCAACAAGACAUGACCAAUACAAUCCAAAAUGGAGCAGAAGAUGUAUACGAGACUUUUAAUAUAAUAAUGAGAAGAAAACCAAAAGAAAACAAUUUCAAGGCUGUUCUGGAAACUAUUAGAAAUUUGAUGAACACAGAUUGUGUGGUUCCUGACUGGCUACAUGACAUCAUUCUUGGAUAUGGAGAUCCAAGUAGUGCACACUAUUCAAAAAUGCCAAAUCAGAUUGCAUCUCUAGAUUUUAACGACACCUUCCUGUCCAUUGAUCACUUAAAAGCUAGCUUUCCUGGGUACAAUAUUAAAGUGACUGUUGACAAUCCCGAACUACAAGUACCUCCCUUCAGGAUAACUUUCCCGAUAACAGGAGGUAAAGGAAAGAAAAGAAAAGAGGAUGGGAAUGAAGAAAAAUCUGAAGAAGCGAAAACAUUGAUUGUAGAGCCUCACAUCAUUCCAAACAGGGGACCAUAUCCAUAUAAUCAACCAAAACGCAAUACUAUUCAAUUUACCCAUACUCAGAUUGAAGCUAUACGUGCAGGAAUGCAACCUGGACUAACUAUGGUAGUAGGUCCACCUGGUACAGGGAAAACUGAUGUUGCAGUCCAGAUAAUAUCUAAUCUCUAUCAUAAUUUCCCAGAACAACGAACUCUUAUAGUUACCCACUCUAAUCAGGCCUUGAACCAGCUGUUUGAAAAAAUCAUGGCUCUAGACAUUGAUGAGCGCCACCUCCUGCGCUUGGGUCAUGGAGAAGAGGAAUUAGAGACAGAGAAAGAUUUCAGCAGGUAUGGAAGAGUGAAUUAUGUUCUGGCUCGAAGACUUGAACUCCUGCGAGAAGUUGGGCGAUUGCAAGAGAGUCUUGGUGUCCCAGGAGAUGUUUCUUACACUUGUGAAACAGCUGGCCACUUUUUCUUAUACCAAGUAAUGUCUCGGUGGGAAGAAUAUAUCAGCAAAGUGAAAGUUAAAGGUGGAAAACUACCAGAUGUUACAGAUGUGUCCAGUUUCUUUCCCUUCCAUAAGUAUUUUGCAAAUGCUCCUCAACCAAUUUUCAGAGGCAGAUCCUAUGAAGAAGAUAUGGAGAUUGCUGAAGGGUGUUUUAGACAUCUAAAGAAAAUCUUCACUCAGCUUGAGGAAUUCAGAGCAUUUGAACUUCUCCGCAGUGGCCUGGAUAGAUCCAAAUAUUUGCUGGUGAAAGAAGCAAAAAUCAUUGCUAUGACUUGUACCCAUGCCGCUCUGAAACGACAUGACCUGGUUGAAUUAGGCUUCAAAUAUGACAACAUCUUAAUGGAAGAGUCUGCACAGAUUCUGGAAAUAGAAACCUUUAUACCUCUGCUGUUACAGAACCCUCAGGAUGGAUUCAGUCGUUUGAAGCGGUGGAUUAUGAUUGGUGACCAUCACCAGUUGCCACCAGUCAUUAAGAAUAUGGCUUUUCAAAAAUACUCCAACAUGGAGCAGUCCCUCUUCACACGGUUUGUUCGUGUUGGAGUGCCAACUGUUGAUUUGGAUGCACAAGGAAGAGCAAGAGCAAGUUUAUGUAACCUCUACAACUGGCGUUAUAAAAAUCUGGGUAAUCUGCCUCACGUGCAGCUUAUGCCAGAGUUCAGAACAGCCAAUGCUGGGUUUUUAUACGACUUCCAACUUAUAAACGUAGAAGACUUCAAUGGUGUGGGAGAGUCUGAACCCAAUCCAUAUUUCUAUCAGAAUCUUGGUGAAGCAGAAUAUGUUGUGGCACUUUUCAUGUAUAUGUGCCUGCUUGGUUAUCCUGCAGACAGAAUAAGUAUCCUGACAACGUACAAUGGACAGAAACAUCUGAUCCGAGAUGUCAUUAACCAGCGUUGUGGAAAUAAUCCAUUGAUUGGGCGGCCAAACAAGGUAACAACUGUGGACAGAUUUCAAGGUCAACAGAACGAUUAUAUUCUCCUUUCAUUAGUGCGUACCAAAGCUGUAGGCCACCUUAGGUAUGUAGAAAAGAACUCUUGCACAGUUACUGAAGUAUGUUUUCCGCAUCAGAAGGAUGUUUAUCAUACGCUGCACAAAGUUUCAACUAUUUCAGUACAUAGCAGAACUGAAGUUUAAUGCUCUGUAUUGAAG